AAAAAGUUGUUCAAACUACAGUUCUCAAUCGUUCUGUUUUCCGAUGAAACAAUUUCUAGUAUUUCAAGAUUAAUAAUAAUCAUAAUUAAUUCGUUUGAUUGACUGUUAACUACGGAGGAAAUUAAAAUGAAUAAAAACUGAAAUAUGAUACUUUAUUAUACAGAUUGAUUUGUAAUAUCACACAGCUGAUGACGAUUUCAUAAAAUUUUCAUGAGAUAAACAAAGUCAAAAUUCCAUUAUGGACCAAAAUAAUAGAAGAAGAACUGAUUUAGAAGUAGCAAGUUUUGAUAGUGGUGAACCGGGAUUUGAUAGAGCACGCAUGAGAAGACAAUCAGGAGGCUUUGUUGACUUAGGAAAUGAAUCACAAUACGGAACUGGUGGACACCAAGCUUCAGGAGCUAACGAGAUAUUUGCUGACGUUCAGGGUGAUGUGCCAUGGUGGAAGUCCAACUUUUUUAUUUCUCAGCCAGUUCUGUUUGGAACAUGGGAUGGAGUAUUUACUUCAUGUCUUAUAAACAUAUUUGGUGUUAUUGUAUUUUUGAGAUCUGGUUGGAUGGUGGGACAGGCAGGCUUAGUUAAUGCUGUCUUAAUAGUAGUUUUUACAGUAUUUGUUGCAUUGAUCUCAGUUCUAUCUGCUGUUGGGAUUUGUGAAAGAUGUAGAAUUGAAAGUGGUGGAGUGUACUUUUUACUAGCCCAUACUCUUGGCUCUAGAAUGGGUGGAGCAUUGGGAAUGGUUUACUGUUUUGGACAAGCUGUUGGAUGUGCAUUAAAUGUGUUUGGAUUCGGUGAAUCUAUGGCUAGUCUUGUUGGCACAGAUAAUACAUGGGCGGCUCGAGGAUUUGCAGUUUCAGCUGUGCUCCUAUUAGGCACUAUAAAUAUUGCUGGAGUGAAGUGGGUCAUAAAGCUUCAAUUUGUCCUACUUCUUAUAAUAUUAGUUGCUGCGCUUGACUUUUUCGUUGGGUCGUUUACAACAGUACCAGAUGUGGAGUUUAAAGGUUGGCUUGGGGGUACUAUAGGGAAUAAUACUUGGGCAGAUUAUCAAGAUGGUUAUACAUGGUUUAAAUGUUUUGGUGUAUUUUUCCCUACUAUAACUGGUAUUUUAGCAGGAAUAAAUAUGAGUGGUGAUUUAAGGAAUCCAUCUCUUAAUAUUCCUAAUGGUUCUCUUGCUGCUAUAAGUACAGGGACAUUUUUAUACCUUAUGUUUGUGAUAACGUUAGCAGCAACUGUAACAAGGGAGGCAUUGCUAACAAACUUUUCAAUAACAACUGACAUGUCAGCUGUAAAAAUACUGUUACUGGCGGGAUUAUAUGUCAGCUCCAUGAGUUCUUGUUUAGGAGCCAUGUAUGGAACUCCUAGAGUUCUGCAAAGUAUAAGCAAUGAAAAAGUUAUUCCUGGAUUGGAGGUCUUAGGCCAUGGGAGAGGACCCAACAAAGUGCCUAUUUACUCCAUGAUUGUUGUAGCAGUAGUGACGGUAACAUUCAUCAUCAUAGGGGACAUCAACAAACUUGCACCAAUUGUAACCAUGCCCUUUCUGAUCACAUAUGCUAGCAUUGAUUAUUCUUAUUUUGCCCUUGCUCAAACAUUUGAUUUGCAACAUCGACGUGAAAUGAGAUUUCAGGGACACUCGCAGCGAGACCCACAAGUGUACGGUGCAACUGGAAGUGACCUAGAUUUAUUGUUUCCUGAGAGAAUCCGACAUAAAACUGUUGGGGACUUCACACCCUCGCCGACUGAUUCGGCGAUCAUGAAUGGUCGUACAGCAAAUGGAGAGGUUCGGCCUUCAAUAAAUGUACAUUCUAAAAAUAAAAAUUGGUAUUCUCAUUUAUGUAACAGAUGGCUUUCACUUGCUGGUGUGGCAAUUAAGCUUCUACUCAUGUUCUUAGUUCAUUGGAUGUAUGCAAUUGGCUGCUUGCUUAUUUUGUGGCUGUUAUGGUUAUAUAUUGGAGCAGCCAAUCCUGCCGUAAAGCCAGGCCGAGCAUCGGAAUUUCGGUUCUUUCAUUGGUUGAAAAUAUCCUUCUUACAAGCAAUUGGAAAGCGACCGUUAGAAUAUGAACAAUUAGUGGUAACGCCAGUCCAUGCCGAUGUUUCAAUGGAACAGGAAAGACUGAACGAUGACAAUGAAGACUUCGCUUCUCGCAGACGCUACCAUCAAUCUACUGCCCUACAAACGCACCUUGUCAGUGUCGAUAGCUAAUUUAUUAUUUGCGAUAUUGUUGACUGAAAACAUAAAUCAAAAUAACUGUCACAUCAUUUUUUUUAUUCUUUAAAUAUAACAUUCUAACAUUGAUUCGAAAUACGUAGAGCGAUUGUUAUGUAAAAAGCAAGAUUUUGCGCACUUAAAGUACUAAAUCUAUUAAAAUUGGAAAUGCGAAAUGCUACAACGAAAAAAUAUAGCGCAAACUUAUCUCUAAUCUAAAUCAAUCUUAUUACUAUUUAAAAUAAAAUAUGCGGGCAGUUUACUGUUACCAGAACAUAUUGUGGUAAUGAGAGAGAUUUGGUUUGUAUCUAUGGUCCAUAUUAAGGAAAUGUAAUGGCUAAACUAAACUUUGAUACAACUUAUAUCUAAUAAGAUCAAUCAAUCUAUAGAAUCAUACUCUUUGUUAAGUAAUUUGAGGAAACAAUUACUAAGUUAUUAAAACUUUACUUCCUUUCCUAAGAACGACGACCAACCAAUGCAAUAUUAGAUGCAAAAAUUUGAUAUUGAGCAAUGGUAAAGCUUUGAUAACCUGUGCUUGUGAUAAUAUGAACUAAACAUUGUGGCCACUUUUUAAAAUAAAUAUUUGAAGCUGUAUCAUAAAAACAAUGAUUUAAUCAACUUUGUUAUAUGGUAGAUUUAUAUUUUUGUAAAAAUUAGUAUUAUUAUUUAUUCUUAACUGUAAUAGACAAUUGUUUUUUACUAGAGGUCUUUGUAUCAGUCACAUAGUAAGAAAUAGGCAAAAAUACUAUCCUAUAAGCAAGAUAUUAUUGCAAUAAUAGUUUUUUUCACAUUCAUAACUUUUUCAGCCUUUUAGAAAUAGUUUCUUCUAAUACUUUUGAAACCCUAGGAUGAUAAGACCCUCAACAGAGUAUAAUAGUUAUUUAUGCCUUUUAAAGAUUGUAUAAAUUAUAUGUACUUUAUCUAUUUAAUAUAAUUAUUUUUAAAAUGUGUUACAUUUAAAUUUGGCAAUUAGCAAUGAAAUAUUGUGUAUAUAUUUUUUUUAAAGAUGUGAAUAAUAUAUGUAUACCCAACAUACUUAAGUAUUAUGGAUG